AUGCUCGCCAGAGCUCUCACCCGCUCCCUGCUGGCGUCAAGGCCGUCAAUGGCCGCUGUCCCCCGGAGGUGCCCUGCCAUCCUUCCCAGGAACAGCCCACUGCUCCUGAGCACCCUGCAGCAGCAGUCACGAACAUAUGCCCUCAAGAAACGAAGACCAUACACCGGCGGCGACCCGAGCAAGGACGUGGACCCCGCCGACGCCGACCCCAUCAUCCCCACAGAGGCCAAUGCCUCACCACUCUCCCAGGACGAGGCCGCCGCCGCCGCCUCCUCCUCCUCCUCCAGCACCCCAACCUCCGAUGCAGCAGACCCAACGGCCAAACAGACCAGCACCGGCGGCGGCGGUGGUAAAGGCGACGAACCCCCCCCCAAGACCAGCACCGGCGGCGGCGGUAAAGGCGACGAACCCUUCCCCAAGCCCUCCUACGUCUCGUCCACGGACCGCAAGCGCGAGCGCCUCGCCCGCCUCGUCUUCGUCUCCUUCCUCGCCGCCCUCGUCGGCGGCGCAAUCUACCUCGGCCAGGACCUCAACGAGUUCGAGAAGACCAUCUACGACACGGCCGCCGUGCCCAACGGCUGGACGGCCUCCGCGUUCUACGCGCGCCUGAAGGCCCGCCUGCAGAACGUGCUCGACUUCUACAACGAGCCGCCGUUCGAGAAGUUGCUCCCCGACCCGCACCCGGACUACUCGCGCCCGUACACGCUCGUCAUUGCGCUCGAGGACCUGUGCGUGCAUAGCGCGUGGGACCGCGAGCAUGGGUGGCGCAUUGCGAAGCGCCCCGGGUUGGACUAUUUUUUGGCGUACCUGUUUAAUUAUUACGAGAUUGUGGUGUUUGCGAACCAGCAUGACCAGUUUGCGGCCCCCGUCAUACAGAAGAUGGAUCAGUACCCCGGGUACAUCAUGUACCCGCUGUUCCGCUCGCACACGCGGUACAAGGAUGGGAAGUAUAUCAAGGACCUGAACUACCUGAACCGCGACCUGUCGAAGGUCAUCAUGCUGGAGACGAACCCGGACGCGUGGGCGAUGAACCCGAAUAACACAAUCAAGAUGAAGCCGUGGACGGGCGACGCGGACGAUAAGGAGCUGGUCAAGCUGAUCCCGUUCUUGGAGUAUAUUGCGGCGAUGGGCAUCAGCGAUGUGCGCCCGGUCAUUGAGGACUUUGGCGAGAAGGACGUGGCGACAGAGUUUGCGAGGAGGGAGGCGCUGGCGAGGGCGGAGCUGAAGAAGAGGGUUGAGAGGGAGAGGGCGCAGAAGAAGGGGUCGCUGGGGGAGGUGCUGAUGGGCGCGCUGGGGAUGGCGCCGCCGAAGAAGAGGAGGGAGGAUGAGGAGAAGACGUUCAUGGAUUUGGCGAGGGAGAGGGGACAGCAGAUGUAUGAGGAGACGCAGAAGCAUAUUGCGGAGCAUAAGGAUGAGAUGAUGAUGGAGCAGAAGAAUAUGGAGAGGGAGGCGGCGGAGCAGAUGAAGACGAGCUUGAGUAAGAUCUUUACAGAGGGCCUGCCGAAACCUCCGGGACAAGCUUAA